UUUUACAUUGAACCAUACAGAAAAAAUAAAAACACUCUGCAAACUUCACUUAGUGACAAAACUUUAGAAAUUGCUGUUAUUCAUAGUCUGUCCGUAAAGUGCUUGGUGAGAGCAAUGAUCGGUUUUAUUAGCUGAGCUUUCCCUUUGGGUUAAGUCUUCUUGGUACUAAGGUGACAUUACAAGCAUUCUGUGACCAUGUGUUAGGCUACACAAAAGUUGCUGCCAUCUCUGUGGCAAGAAUCUCAUUCCAAUGCAUGCUGCAUGGUCUAAAUCGUAGAACACCUGGUUCUUGUAUGUAUUUUCUCUAACUCCCAUUAGGGUCUCAUUGUGCAGGCCUGUUUAGCACUAUGGUGCUCGGGGGUUCUUCAAGUGCACCUAAUCUACAGGACUAUGCUCGUACGCACCGUAAAAAGCUGACUUCAUCUGGCUUCUUAGAUGACGCCACACGUGGUUCUGCUGUAAAAAGAUUUUCUAUCUCAUUUGCUCGACACCCAACCAAUGGUUUUGAGUUGUAUUCCAUGGUGCCUUCGAUUUGCCCGCUUGAGACCCUGCACAAUUCCUUAUCACUUAAGCAAGUGGAUGAGUUUUUGUCUUCUGUUGCUGUAUCAUCCAGCGAAAUGUUCUUGGAAACGCCAACUCCUUCCCCAGCUUCAGCUGUAAGUUACAGUGGAAUAACAAACCGUAAAACAUCACUGAAUACAUUCACUCCUGCAAAGAUUCUGCCGUCUCCAUUUUCACACUCUGCAAAUAAGAAGGCUGCAGACAGGGCAUCAGUUGUGAGUAGUGGGCUGUCCAGCACCGUGCUGAGUGCUGGUCCGUCCUCUCUAAUACAGCUUUCAUCUCAUGGAACCCCUGAUAACAAAUUGCUGUUGCAAAAGAAAAGUGAAGAAAAUGAAACGCCACCUGGACCCUGACCUUUUAAAAUAAAUAAAUAAUCUAAAGCCUUAAUAGUUACGCUGUGGUUAAACUGGGCUUGUGCACAAGACAUUCAUUUUUCUUUACAUAAGCUUUGAUAAAAAGGCAUUUUAUCUAUUUCAGGGAUUUUUUUUCCCCUGUGUUUUAUGUAUGUUGUAUAUAUUGAUCCUGAAAAUACCAAGUGCUCACAUAAUGUAUAUAUUUUUAUUUCUGUUGUCUGGUAUAGAUCACCAGAUUAUUUGAUUUGGUUCUGUGGGCCGACCGAUAAAGUUAACUUUGAAAAGUCGUGCCACUGUAAGGCAAAUACAGUUUUUGUAUGAAAAGUGUAUAUUAAAGGGUAUGCAGAGAUUUGCAAAUUGAUUUCUGUGUACAGUAUACAUGGCUUUUUUUUUUUUCUUUUUGUUUGUAGUCACCCAAAAAUAGUUGUGUUGUAUCUUACAUUUUUAUGUAUUUGUGUUUUAUUGCAUUGUUUAACAUGUUUCUUUAAGUAGACCAUAAUGUGUAUUCAUUAAUUAAUUUGGGCAAACGUUCAUUUUGUGUAUUGCUCUUUUUUAAGUAUUACAGUUACCAAAGAAAACUUAACUAGCCCAAAUAUGUAUAUGUUCGGGGAAAAAAAGAGUCUGUUUAUAAAAAUGCCCUUUAGUCAAUAUAGUUUUCAGAUGCAGGUGCUACAAAAAAAGUAAUGAUAUGUUGAUAGUUUAUUGUUCUCUUAAUUUUACAGGAAUGUUUAGGUUGUUUUAAUUCCCUUCACAAAAAUUAUUUGAAGUAUUCUGGUUGCUAGUAAUUAACUUUAAGUACUUCACUUGCUGUAAAAAAACAAUCUCAGUAGAAAUGAAAUGUAUAUUAGGUGUUAGUGAAUGUAUUAUAAUAGUGUCAGUAUUCAUGUACAUACUAAUUAAGCAAUAAAAAUACAGUAGUGUUGGAUCAGUA